AUGGACAGUGAACUUCAGGAUACUAGUUUACUAAAACCAGAGACUGAAUUAAAAAAGAAACGCAAGAGGAGAAAUCGAGGAAAACAAACACGAAUGUCUGAUGAUGUCGAUAAUGGAUCAUCUGAUUCCAAUGUUGUUGAAGCGGAUGCACUGGACAACGCAAACUCAGAAGAAAUUAUAGAUUUAAUGACUAACAAGUGGGAAAUAGAUGACAGUCCACGCGUUAAUAACGAUAUAAACGAGAAUACUGAAUAUUAUGAAACACCAAUUGACACAAUCCAUUCGCAGAAUCCGUCAAGGGUUGAAACUGGUCAGCGCUUUUUCUCAGAUGCCAAUGACGAUGAAUAUUAUAGACGAAAAGAUGCAAAUUUGACUGCUGAUAAUAAUGUAAAUAUUUUUACUGGAGUAUCUCAGAAAACGAAUAAUGUAUUUACAACGUAUGAUGGUAUAGCGUCAAGUUGUGUAACAUCAAAUGAAAAUAUCACAAAAAUGGAAAAAUGUUCUAUCACUAGAUUAACUAGUGAAGACGUUGAGAAAUUAUAUCCCUCCACGUCCAGUGCCACGGAAACUGUACCACAACUAUAUAAUGCAAGGGCAUUACCCAAGGAGGCUAAAACUUAUGAAUUAGAAAAUUUUGACAGAAAUGUACUCAUAAUUUUUAAUCAAAAAGAUUUUGGGACACACCAGAGGCUGGGCACUGACGAAGACGUCAAAGCAUUGAAGAAGACGUUUGAAACUUUUAAUUUUGAUGUAUUACCGUACACAGAUCGAACGGUUGCUCAAAUAAAGGAAAUUCUUGAUGCCA